AUGCGGGUUCGAGUCCUACUUGGGCAAAGGUUUUGCCCAUAUUUCAACAUCUUUGUGAAAGCAAAUUCCCAUCGAGUCGGGUACAUAUCUUCUAUGAUAACGACGGUAAUAAGAAGAAAAAGGAUGAUGAUUGUCACUUCUCUACCGUAA